AUGACAGUCAAGAGGUUUCCUGCUCUCACCACAGGCUCCAUUUCACUUCCACUUUUACCCCUGCCAGGCAGGGGCAGGUUCUGCCUGGUGACAGAUGUCCUCUCCGGGAGUGAUAGGAGGGCAGGGUCUUGGCAGAGCCAAUAUCAAAGCAAGGAAGGCCUUGGGUAUGAAGGAGUUUCUUUUCCUACAGAGGAACCAUUAGGCAAAGGAGAGUAUGGACUAGUAAUUCUCCUCAGUGGGGUAAUUCUGAGUUCUCUAAACAGAAACCUAUUGAAUAGGCUGAUGAGCUGGAGAAGGAGGAGAGGUUCAUUCUGGCUCCUUAUUCUAUUGCUGUUUGCUCUGAGGGAGAUCCAGACAGUCCACCACAAGAAUGAAAUAAAACAUACUGCAGUGGGCACAUCCCAAACUCUCUUUGACCUCAUUAUUGUGUCUUUCAUUGAUGACAUCCCAUGGGCUUCCUAUUACAAAUCCAAACACCAGGUAAAGGUGAAGGCAGCCUGGAUGGCUGAGGCUGUGGGAACAAACUUCAUCGAGGAGAUACGACAUUUGACGCUGAACAAUGAGGGAGAUUACCAGUUCCUUAUCCAGUACUUGACAACAAAUGACACCAAGACUGAGAGUAAUCACACAUUGCAGAUUCAUUUUGAUUGUGAAUUAGAUGGAGAUAUCCUGUUGAGUAGCCUUCUGAAGUAUGGCUUGGAUGGAGAAGAUUUGAUCCAGAUAGAAGGUAUAGAAGGACAAUGGGUGGUCCUGAAUCCUAGGGCUCAUAGUUUAAAAUUAAUUUUGGAAAGUCCUAUCUGGACUGAAAUGAGAAAACAUGAAAAUAAGCAAUAUUGUGUUGGAGCAAUGCAGAAAAUCCUUCAGAAAUCAAGCAUGAAAGAAAAUUUACCACCCGAGGUCUAUGUGUCCCGCCGAGAUUUCCCCAAUGGCACUAUCAGAUUCUCCUGUACAGCCACAGGCUUCUACCCACAAUCUAUCCUGCUCCACUGGAAGAAGGGGAGUGAUGGUGCUAUAUGGGGGAAAGAAAGCUCCAGCGGCACCCUGCCUAAUUCUGAUGACACAUUCUACCUCCAGAUCUCCCUGGAGAUCCAGCCAGGAGACACAGGGACAGAUUAUGCUUGUGUGGUAGAUCACAGUCAGCUGGAGGCACCAGCUGUGUACUCUGUCCCUGAGAAGCCCUCCAAGUGGAAUCUGUGGGCUGUUGCUCUGAGCACCCUUCUAGCAGCCAUCCUGAUGAUUAGCUGUUUUGUGAUCUUCACCAAAUGGAAGAAGAGAAGGUCAGGGACAACUUCAGAAGCUCAACUGGAAGGACCUUUUCGUUCUUCUGUUACUUCUCCUGUUAUUCGUCUUCAGUGAAAGAAUUGACCCAGACACCCUGACACCAAGACCGUUGCCAUCUUCCCUCGCAGCCACCACAUAUUCAUCAGAGGGGUCAUAUGUUGCAGAUCUAACCAUAUCCUAAUUCUAUGUCUAACUGGCCUAUAUAGGAGACAGGUAUGGGAUGGGGCAUCCAAUGAACCUCCAGUAAACGUGAGGAACACAAUUCACA